CCCACUCUUCACAAACCAACAACAAAACUAUAUUUAUCCAUUUCUCUCAAUUUUUUCUCAAAAUUCGCGCUUUUCGCCGAUUCAAUUAACUCGCCCCCAACUCACCCACCGAGUCACCAUGACUCGACGCUGUUCUCAUUGCAGCAACAACGGCCACAACUCACGCACGUGUCCGACGCGCUCCUCGUCGUCGUUGUCAUCUUCAGCUUCGUCGACUAUGACGCCAUCGUCUUCAGCUUCUUCGCUCGCCGGUGUGAGGUUGUUCGGUGUGAGGUUAACGGACGGGUCGAUUAUUAAAAAGAGUGCUAGUAUGGGUAAUUUAUCGGCGAUGGCUGCUCAUUAUCAUUCGUCGGCGGCGGCUUCUCCUAAUCCGGAGUCUCCGUUAUCGGAUCAUCUUCGGGGCGGGGGUGAUUCGGGUCAGGAUGGUUAUCUGUCUGAUGACCCGGCCCAUGCUUCUUGCUCUACUAUUCGACGCGGUGAGAGAAAGAAAGGUGUUCCAUGGACAGAAGAGGAGCAUCGGUUAUUUUUGGUUGGACUUCAGAAAUUGGGGAAGGGAGAUUGGCGUGGAAUAGCUCGAAACUAUGUGGUGUCUAGAACUCCUACCCAGGUAGCCAGCCAUGCACAGAAAUAUUUUAUCCGCCAGACUAAUACCACAAGAAGGAAGAGACGUUCUAGCCUCUUUGACAUGGUUUCUGAUAUGGGCACAGAACCCCAGUCAGUACCAGAAGAACAUGAGUUGCCAUUUUGUCAGUUUGGAGAUAGUGAUAAUGUAGAUGUGCUACCUUCGCUAAACCUCUCUCUUAAGCCAGAUAGCGAACCCAUGGAAACUGCAUCUGAACAACCUGGUAAAGAACCUGAUGAAAUGCAGACAGCAUCUACCGAGUUUAAGCAAGAUUUACCCGAGUCAACUGAGUUUACCCCAUCCGGUCCUCAGUUAAGUGAAUUCACACCAACUAUUACUCAGUUAAGUGAAUUUACGCCUCUUGUUCCUGGAUUCUACCCAGCAUAUAUGCCAAUCCCUUAUCCAUUCUGGCCUAUAAAUACUGCCCCAUCUGACGAAGCAACAGGCGUAGAGACAUCAAAUCAUCAAGUCCUAAAGCCAGUUCCAAUGUUCCCCAAGGAGCCUGUUAAUGUAGAUGAACUGGUUGGCAUGUCUCACCUAAGUAUAGCAGAGACAGAGAGAUACAACAGAGAGCCGUCACCGCUGUCUUUGAAACUAAUCGGGGACUCCUCGAGGCAGUCCGCCUUUCAUGCUAAUGCUCCAGUGAAUGGGUCAGAUUUGAACCAAGGCAAAGGUAGUCCCAUACAAGCGGUUUGAAUUGAAGAGAAAAUAAAGGGUAACAUUAUUUUUAGUAAUUCUUUUAGUUUUCCCUCUGUACAAUUAAAUUUUUUAUCUUUUUGUUCUCCUUUCUGAUAGUGUCUGGUCGUUAUAACAUAGGAAUGAUAUGGUUUGAUAUAUUUUUAUUCUUUCUAACUGUAAUCAGCUUGAAUCACUAAAAUAAAUUUGUUUAUUAAGGCAACCAGUUUGCCUUUCCUUUUA